GUCUACGUAGUUCGUAUUCUGUAAUAUUUCUAAAGACCUCAGAAUAAUAUAACACGGCUUUAAAUACGUAUAAUAUUAACUGAAGUUAACUACAAAACAAAAUAGGUACCUACUCGUGUAUAGUAUGCUACCGCACCGUACGUCUGUAAAAGAAAUGGAUUCUGUAAAACAAGUUAUGCCACGGAUAAGUGGCCAAAAGCAAGUUCUGAAAUCCAACGGAUGUAAACCUAAAAUAUGUAUAAACAGCUGUCAAACUCGCAGUUCAUCUGAAGUCUUACAAAGUUUACGCAGAGAAGAAGUGUUAUGUGAUAUUAAGUUAGAAACGGAUGACGGUGUAUUAGUUUGUGCACAUAAACUGGUUUUAGUAACAGCUAGUCCAUAUUUCCGUGCAAUGUUCCACAAUUUCGCUGAAGGGGAUAAAGGUGUUGUAAAUUUAAGAGAGUUAGACUGCAACAUCUUACAACUGUUGGUGGAUUAUAUUUAUACCGGUGAAAUCAUGGUCACUGUACAAAACGUACUGGAUUUGUUAGCAUCUGCUGUUCUCUUACAAUUGGAUUAUGAAAAGGAUCUAUGUGCUGAGUUUUUAGAAAAAAAAACUAAAUACUGCAAAUUGUUUUGCUAUCAGAGAAUUUGCUGACUUUUAUAACUGUAUGGAAUUAUUGUCAAGUUCUGUAGAAUACAUAAAAACACAUUUUUUAAAAUUUGUUGAAGCUGAAGAGUUCCUAUCUUUGUCUUCUGAAGAAAUGAUUAAUUUAAUCUCCCGUGGUGACAACGUUCCAUUCGAAGAUAAAGUUGCCUACUAAAAUUUGCAAUUGUUGUAUUUAAUUAUUGUUAGGAAAUCAAUUUAUUUAUGCUGUUUGUAAGGAUUAAAAUCGAAUCACAUGAUUCACAAAUACUAAAAACUGGUGGGUGGGUGUUUGGGUAUAUGAUAUACCUAAGUAAUUAUGUAAAUGUUAGCAUUAAUUUUUGGCAGUUUAUUAAAUUAAGUAUUUAAUUCUACAGCUUGUUUGCUGAUAACUAAUCUACACUGCUACAGUAUGAAAUAAUACUUAUGCCGAUCUGAAAAAUGUACCUUACUUUAACUUCACGAUACACAACCGUUUGUUGUUUCAGACUUAAGAGUGCGUUAUAUAACAAAUUUUACGCUCAGUAGAUCAUGAUUAACUCCACUAGUUUAAGACUUAGAGUGAUAACAUCUCAUAAAAUUUAAAGCUGGUAUUUUUAUUUAGGGAAUAUCAUGGAUUUUUAUUAUAUUUUAAUCUUAA